UCCAAACUUCCUUGAAAGCGAGCAAAAUGCACACCUCGGCCUUGCGCGCCUCCCUGGAGAGGGCUCGGGGGGUUUCUUGGCUGUCGGGGGGGCUCCUUGGCUCACUCUGCCCCAGCAUGGGGGCUGAUGUGGGGCUGGGUGCCGUGGGUCACGGGGUCUGUCCUGCUCUGGGGAGCACUGAACCGAGCCCCUUUGCUGGCUAAUCAGUUCUGGGGCUGUGCUGCAGCCUGGCUGCGCUGCGAAUCACCCGUGCUGGGAUAAUUGAGUCGUUUGUAUUCGUUAGCAGCUGGGUGACAGAAACUUGGGGCUGGGACGCGAUGCGGUGCUCUGGUGCCGGCGGCCGGCUGGAGCCCCGGCACAGCUGGAUGAACUCAAGGUUGCUCAAACACAGCAGCAAGAGCUGCGGGUGCUGCGGUGGGCUGCCGGCUCCUCCUUCCCAGCCCCCUCACCCCUGCCUGCGCUCGGAUCCUGCGUCCCCCCGCCGUGGGUCGGCUGCACCCCAUCCCUGGGCUGUGCCACGGGGCUGCGGGAGGAGCGGGGAAAGAGGGUGGCCUAUUUCUGCCACCCAGGCUGGGGAUUAGCUCCCAAAGCCCAGGGCCCUGCAGUGCCCUCACGCUCAUUAGCCCCAUCUGCAUUUUAAUCCCUCCAAAUAUGGACUAAUUACAUCAUCUUUCAUAAAGCCGAGCUGACAGCACCGCAGCGCUGGGGUGAUGUGUGUGAGCAGGGGGUGCCAGGACAGCCCCAGCCAAGGGAUGGGGCACCCAGGGCUCCGCGUGCACAGGGUGCGGGUCUGGGUGCUCCGGCACGCGGGGAGGGCACCUGGCAGUUUUGGGGCACCCUGUCCUUGCGCUGGGGGCCAGGACCAGGAUGGGCCUCAGCACCCCAGGGGGAGCAGCUGGGGAGGGCGAGGGGCCAUGGGGUGCUGGGAGCGAGGGCUGUGCCAUGGCAGGGCUCACCAGGAGCGGGAGUGCAUGCCCUGGCACGGCCAGCAGUGCUGGGCGCCCUGGGGACCCCACUCAGCCCCGGUGCCUGCCGGUGGGCUCUGCUCCGGUGCCGGCAGCGAGACAGUUAACGGAGCUUGUCGUCUCCCUCUUAGGGCUCCGCUCCCGAACUGCAGCUUGAGUCAGUUGUGUGGAGGUGGCAGCGGCGGCAGCUCCGGCUGGCACACCGGCUCUGGCUGGCACACCGGCUCUGGCUGGCACACCGACCCCAGCCCUCGGCCGGCUGUGUGUGCAGCCCAGGCCGCUGGCACCCAGAGCCCCGUGGAGCCAUCUGGACUGGAACCGGCCACCCCGUCUCGGAGGGGUCCCUGUGGUCCCCUCCACCCACCAGAGCAUCCCGCCAACACCCGCUGCUACCACGGACCUGCUCGACGCCGCACACCUGGGCUCCAUCCCCACGCCUGGCACCGCGGGGCAACGUGCCCCGGGCAUGACGGGCGCCUGCCCGGCUCCCUGACAGCAACGAAGGCAGCGGCUGCCCACGCCGCCCCGCUCCCCCCGCAUGCCCUUUGCCCACGGGGCCGCCUGCCCCCCACCGCGCCCGGCCACCCAUCGCACCACGGGCACCAUGGGCGAGGCACCCGAGCUGUCGCCCCAGGCCCCGCUGGCCGUCCUCUCCAAGGUGGAGCUGCGGGUGAGCUGUAAGCACCUCCUGGACCGUGACACGCUCAACAAGUCGGACCCCUGCGUCCUGCUGCUGAUGCAAUCCCAGGGCCAGUGGAUGGAGGUGGACCGCAGCGAGGUCAUCAAGAGCAACCUCAACCCCGUCUUCGCCAAGAUCUUCACGGUGGACUACUACUUCGAGGAGGUGCAGAAGCUGCGGUUCGAGGUGUACGACAGCCACGGGCACGCCAGCGUGGGCACGCACGACGACGACUUCCUGGGGGGCAUGGAGUGCACCGUGGGGCAGAUCGUGGCGCAGAAGCGGGUGACGAAGCCGUUGUUCCUCAAGUAUGGGAAGUUCGCGGGCAAGUCCACCAUCACGGUCAUCUCGGAGGAGAUCUCGGGGAACAACGGCUACGUGGAGCUUGCCUUCCGGGCCAAGAAACUGGACGACAAGGACCUCUUCAGCAAGUCGGACCCCUUCCUGGAGAUCUACCGCAUCGACGACGACCGCAGCGAGCAGCUGGUGUACCGCACCGAGGUGGUGAAGAACAACCUGAGCCCCAUCUGGGAGCCCUUCAAGGUCUCCCUCAACUCGCUCUGCAGCUGCGAGGAGAAGAGGAAGCUGAGGUGCGUGGUGUGGGACUACGACUCGCGGGGCAAACACGACUUCAUCGGGGAGUUCUUCACCACCUUCGAGGAGAUGCAGAAGGCGAUGGGGGAGAACAAGGUGCAGUGGGACUGCAUGAACCCCAAGUACAAAAUCAAGAAGCGCAACUACAAGAACUCGGGGGUCGUGGUGCUGCUGGACCUGAAGAUCCACAGGGUCUACUCCUUCCUGGACUACAUCAUGGGCGGCUGCCAGAUCCACUUCACGGUGGCCAUCGACUUCACGGCGUCCAACGGGGACCCCCGGAACAGCUGCUCCCUGCACUACAUCAACCCCUACCAGCCCAACGAGUACCUCAAGGCGCUGGUCGCGGUGGGCGAGAUCUGCCAGGACUACGACAGCGAUAAGAAAUUCUCGGCUCUGGGCUUUGGUGCAAGGAUCCCCCCCAAGUACGAGGUCUCCCACGAUUUUGCCAUCAACUUCAACCCUGAUAACGAUGAGUGCGAGGGCAUCCAGGGCGUCGUGGAGUCCUACCAGAGCUGCCUGCCCAAAAUCCAGCUCUAUGGCCCCACCAACGUGGCCCCCAUCAUCUCCAAGGUGGCUCGCGUGGCGGCCGACGAGGAGCGGACCAAGGAGGCUUCGCAAUACUUCAUCCUGCUGAUCCUGACGGACGGGGUGGUGACGGACAUGGCGGACACGCGGGAGGCCAUCGUCCGCGCCUCCUACCUGCCCAUGUCCAUCAUCAUCGUCGGGGUGGGCAACGCCGACUUCACCGACAUGCAGAUCCUGGACGGGGACGAUGGCAUCCUGCGCUCCCCCAAGGGCGAGCCCGUCCUCCGCGACAUCGUCCAGUUCGUCCCCUUCCGGGAGUUCAAGAACGCGUCGCCGACGGCCCUGGCGAAGUGCGUGCUGGCGGAGGUGCCCAAGCAGGUGGUGGAGUACUACAGCUACAAGGCCUUCCCGCCGCGCUGCCCCCAGCCCCACACCCCCGACUCCAACCUCAGCUCGCCCCAGUGAGGACCCCCCUGCUCCCCCCGGCAUGGCACGGGGACACACGGGGUCCCCACCGGGCCCCGGCCCCACCGCGGACCCCUCCUCGCCGGGCAGGGGGACACCGGGACCUGGCACCACGGCCCCACUGGUACCUGGCUGGGGACACGGGACGGUCCCGGUGCCCCGGUGCAGGACCCCCCCUGUGCUGCCCGGGGGGGCCGGGGGUCCCCAGCGGGCGUUGUCCGGUCCUGGUGGUCCGUGCCCCACAGCCCAUCCCUGCUCCGUCCCUGCUGUCCCCUCGGUCCCUGCUUGUCUGUCGCUGUGACAUCGUUUGGAGGCUGCAUGACAACACACCCCCCCCCUCCCCCCAAUAAAGCAACCAGCCCUGUGC